AUGAAUUCACCUCCAGUGAGACCUGAACAAUUGUCUCCGGCGCUGUCUCCCAUAGCGUUUAGCCUCGAUGACCCUAAUCACCAUAACAAUGGUUUCCAGCACUUACUCGCGUCACCGACCAAGUUGAAACUAGACAAGGGCGUGAAUGCGCGUACCAAUAAUAAUGGUGGCUCCAACGGGCAGUCGCUCAUAUAUCGCACUUCGCUCUCGAAACUGAGCGAACUGUCCCGGUCGGGACGUUCCAGACAGCGAAGUAACUCUGACACCUUGAGGUCGGCCUCCCCAAUACGGUUUCAACUGUUUAAUAACGCCCCAAAGAUGCUUAAACCGGAAUAUAUGUCACAGCAGGCUCCUUCUUUACCUCUUCUAUCAACUUUGAUGAAAACCCCUGCUACCGGAAUACCCACCGGCACCAAGCAAGAGUCAAAAAAUAAUCAGACGGAACCAGCGGCCUGGAUGAGCAUCAGAGAGACUUUGGAAAAGCUUCAAAGAGAUCAACGGCAAGCGGAAAGGCAGAAAGUUGAGUCCAAGGAUAGGCGGCAAGAGGAGCCCGCUAACGUAGGUCGACAACCUGUCUCGAUCACCGAACCUCAGAUAUCUUCUGACCGAAAAGUAUCUGAAAGCACAAGCGCGACUAGUGGUGUAACACUUUGUGAUAAACAGCGAGAUCCAAACGAAACAGUCAAAUUUGGGCCUAGUCGUCAGAGAACGAACGAGGAAAUUCGAUUAGUAUCUAACUCGUCGUUAGCUUCGUCCACAGUUUCGAUCGAUUUUAACGAACUACCAAAGGAUAUAGACCUUGAAGCACUAGCAACAGAUAAGAAUGGCUUUGCUCACAGCGAUGAUUUCAAAAGUAACCGGUGCAGCUUCAUAUCAUCAACGUCAACAGACUAUGACGCGGAUUGGUGCAAUCAGCAAGUUGUCGCCCAUGAGGAGACGGCAAAGCUGGAUCAUAGGAUCAAGCAGCUGGAAGUGGAAAUCGCAGAGCUUAAACUGCAAAAUGAAAAAUUAAUUCACUCCAUAACAGCCAGCAGAACUGUUGAAGACAUGUUCAUGCUAGAUGCUCUGAAAGAGAUAAGAGCAUCCAAGAGGGAGGCCCAAAAAGGAAUGGAAAGGAAAGUAAAACAGCUGGAGAAAAAAGUUGAAAACUACAGGAACGCAAUUAAGACUCGUGGCGACAGCCCACCCGAAGAGAUUGCUUCAAAAGAUAAACGGGCAACGUAUCCAACGGGGGAAAGCAUUCAAAUGAGCACACUUAAGAGAAGAAUAGCCAGGAUAUCGAGUUUGGAGCUGAGGAAAAUAGACGAGCAAGGAGACUCUACCUCCUCAUCGUCUUCCGACGAUGAGAUGGAUGUAAAACUGGAUAAGCCCGAAUCCUUUGGGGGAAAUAUGCUUACGAACCAGUCACGACAUCCAAAUGAUCUUCAAUCCAUGAGCAUGAGGCGGAAAGCAGGGUUGCAGCUCAACAUCCACGUCAAGCGCUAG